AUGCAUAUACCGGGAGAUGAUCAGUGUGUGAUUUCGGAUCAGGACCAGUUAACUCGUCCAGACCUCUUCGUCGAAAAUGAUGCCCAUCAUACAUUCACCGUCAACUACUUCCGUAACAUAUGCAUCGAUCCGCCAGUGGAAGAAGGUGGUCGUUUGGAGGCACGUCUUACUGGAUACCGAGGUGGUGAAGGCAUUCUGGAAAUGGCACAACGCAAAGGACAAAAUCCGAAACUUCUGGCAAUAAUGACCGGAUUGCAAGAGAAUAGGAAUUUCCAUUUGAUCUAUGCUCCUGACGUGGAACUUACUUCAUGCUACAAAGCCGGUCUUCUGAAGGAUCACAAAGGCAAAAAACUGAUCACAAUCGAUAGCGACAGCAGAGGAAUGGCCAUUCAACCAUGGACUGAGGUCGAUUUCCAUAUUCUCGACGAUGCAGUGAUCGAUAAGGUGAUACUUGUUGUUGAAGCAGGGACAUCGAAUGUGGUGGAUUGUGGUAAGUUACAAAUUCAUGGCAAUGUUUCUGAUUGGCAACGUGCCAUGAAUGGAAGCCCCAAUACCCUUCGGGUCACCGUCACAUAUUUUGUCGCUCUACUAGUGGCAUUGUUAAUUUUUGCAUAA